GAGUCACAAGCGUGCAUCAUAAAAAUGAUUGAAGAACUAAAAGAGGAAGUAAUGAACUUGCUUAAAAAUGCUAAUGAUCACUUACAAGAGAUGGAAUUAAUUGAUGCACUUCAACGUCUGGGUGUGGCAUAUCACUUUGAAAAAGAGAUAGAUGAGAUACUAAGACAAAUUUGUAAUGCCCAAAUGGAGGGCGAUGAUUUGCAUACUGUUGCCCUUCGCUUUCGACUCUUAAGACAACAUGGUUACAAUAUACUUGCAAAUGUUUUUAUCAAGUUCAAAGAAGUUGAUGGGAGUUUCAAGGCUAUCUUAAGAAAUGAUGUGAAGGGUUUGUUAAGCCUAUAUGAAGCUACUUAUCUUGGAAUCCCAGAAGAUGAUAUAUUAGAUGAAGCACUUAAUUUUGCAAAACUACAUCUCAAAUCCAUAGAAAGCCAUAUGAGAACACCUCUUGCAACACGAGUACUACAUGCCCUUGAGUUGCCUCUGCAUAGGAGAACGAGGAGGUUAGAGGCAAAGAAUUAUAUGUCCAUUUACCAAGAAGAUGAGGGACGAAUUAAUAUGGUAUUGGAGCUUGCAAAGUUGGAUUUUCAUAUGCUGCAAUCAAUUCACAGAGAAGAAGUUAGAAGCAUCUCUAUGUGGUGGAAAGCACUUGGCGUUGCAAAAAAGCUAACUUUUUGCAGAGAUAGAAUAGUCGAGUGUUAUUUUUGGAGUCUUGGGGUAUAUUUUGAGCCUCAGUAUUCUAAAGCUCGAAUUUAUAUCACCAAGGUGAUUGCUUUACUUUCAAUCAUGGAUGAUAUUUAUGAUGCUUAUGGCAUGGUAGAGGAACUCCAAGCAUUUACUGAAGUCAUCCAAAGGUUUGAGCAUCUCCUAUUAGCACUUGAUUUUUCUUUUCACAAGAAGCAUUUGGAAAUUGCAUAG